GACGUGCGGGCGAUCUUUCUUUCAGAAUGAGUGGAAAAUUUGAUCUUUCGAAUGGUGUUGUCAGCCAAGUGUUCUCAGUUUGUACAAUUAACCUUAUCAAUUUUGCCCAUGGCGCAACGCUCGGUUGGGUUUCACCUUUCCUACCGCUACUGCAAUCGGAUGACUCUCCACUGAAUACGGGUCCCGUAACAGUGGAGCAAAGCUCGUGGAUCGGAUCAAUACUGUGUCUGGGAGGUCUGGUCGGUUCUAUCGUUUAUGGAUGUUUCACCGACAGGCUCGGUGUGAAAAGGUGCAUCUCAUGCAUCAUCAUUCCUAACAUCUGCUUCUGGGUAAUAGUCUAUUUUGGGACAUCCGUUUACCACCUAUAUGUUGCUCGAUUUUUGGCAGGAGUUACAGGCGGAGGAAUCAUGGUAACAUUUCCUCUAUUCAUUGCGGAUAUUUCAGAUACCAGAAUUCGUGGAAUUUUAGGUUCUUGUUUAGGGCUUUUUGGAAAUUCAGGCAUUCUCGUUAUGUACAUCUUAGGAGAUUUUCUAUCAUACAGGACUGUACCGGUGGUGAUGAUGUCGGUGCCAAUUUUGUUCGGAAUUCUAAUGUGCUUUAUACCGGAAACUCCACAAACCUUACUCCGGAAAAGAAAGGUCGAUGAGGCCGAACGAUCUCUCAGGUUCUACAAAGGCAUGGACAACGAAGCAUGCGAUCUCAAGCGUGAAUUUGAAAAAUUGCAAAAUUUCGUGCUCAACAGUAGGGCUGAAAACAACAAACUACAGUUCAGUGACUUCACGUCACCGCAAGCCAAGAAAGGUAUUUUCAUUGGAAUAUUUCUGAUGUUUCUAAAUCAAUUCAGCGGCAUCUUCGCCAUCCUUACCUAUGCUGUGUCAAUCUUCCAAGAAUCGGGCUCCGAGUUGAGCCCCGGAACAUCGGCCAUCAUCAUUGCGGCGAUACAAAUAGUUGGAACGAUAGCAUCUUUUAUUUUCAUUGAUUUAGCUGGUAGAAAAGUGCUGCUGCUGUUGUCCACCUUCGGAACAGGAAUGGGGCUGAGCUGUUUGGGAACAUUUUCAUGGUUGAGAGCACACAAUUUCGAUCUAACAGGAUAUGGCUGGAUUCCGAUCGUCAGUCUUUCGGUUACAGUGUUUCUGUUCUGUGUUGGAUUGUGUAACAUUCCGUUUUUCGUGCUACCGGAAAUACUACCACCAAAGAUUUGUAACGCUGGAAACGCCAUCAGUAUGAUUUCGAUUUCUAUAUUCUCAUUCGUUGUGCUGAAGAUUCUGCCAAUCAUGCUGCAGGAGAUUCAACUGCACGGAGCUGCAGCUAUUUUUGCCACCACUUGUUACAUAGGAGUUUUAGUUAUAGCCAUAAUUAUUCCCGAAACUAAAGGAAAAAAUCUAGUUUCACCAGAAAAUGUAUGAUACUUAUUUUGGCAAGGCAUUAAUUUACAGAACACUGUAAGAUUUGUGUACGGGUUUUAAUACCCAGGAAAAAUAUAAUUAAUUAAUUUAUAUUUAUUCCUUUCCUGCCUCCGUGGGUCACUGGAAGUAAUACUAAACCCCUCUCCAUUGAUUUUAUAAUUUUUUUUUUACCAACUCUGAUAUCAUGUAGCCCAAGUACAAUAAGCUUUAUCAAAUCAGUGUAAAAGAUAGUAAAAACCUGAGAAAAAAAAAUAUGAUUACGUAGAUCCCUUUUUGAACCCAACAUUUUUCUCAACCCUGUCCUUGUCUUUCUCAACUGUCUCCGUAAUUUAGAUAAGGGCACGUAGCAUCAACUUUUUAUUGAUCAAGUAUGGUAAAAAUCAUUCAGUGACUCUAACACUACCGGAAGAAAAUUUCCAUGGUUUGCACUUG